ACUCGCGUGCGCCCACCUUGAAUCCUUCGAUUAACCCAUCACACACCAACUGUAUAAAACCGCAGCUUCAAACUUGAAGGCUUUCGGAGGUUCUCUCUCAAUUCCAGUCUCCGACAGACAAUAGCAAAAGUGAAAAGCCAUAGUCAAUAAAACCAUGGCGAUGCUGUCUGCAUCCCUCUCCGGCCCCAAAUCCGCCGCCUCAUAUUCCUCUCCUCAUUUUUCAGGCCUCCGCCGAUUAUGCUCUAAGCUCGACAGCAACACUUCUCACUCGUUUCUCCGCCAUUUCAAUUCUCAACUCCGCGUUUCAUCUCUUCGCAAACCUUCCAGGAACGUCGUUGCGAUGGCUGGCACUGGAACGUUCUUUGUUGGGGGGAACUGGAAGUGUAAUGGGACAAAAGAAUCUAUCACUAAGCUCGUUUCUGACUUAAAUGAUGCAAAAUUGGAGGCUGAUGUUGAUGUUGUUGUAGCACCUCCCUUUCCUUACAUCGAUCAGGUGAAGGCUUCAUUAACAGAUAGAAUUGAGAUAUCUGCUCAAAACUCUUGGGUUGGUAAAGGUGGGGCAUUCACAGGAGAAAUCAGUGUGGAACAACUGAAAGAUAUUGGCUGCAAAUGGGUAAUUCUUGGGCAUUCUGAGCGAAGGCAUAUAAUUGGUGAAAACAAUGAGUUUAUAGGAAAGAAGGCAGCUUAUGCCUUGAGCCAGGGUCUUGGGGUGAUAGCUUGUAUUGGUGAACUUUUAGAAGAAAGAGAGGCAGGAAAAACCUUUGAUGUUUGUUUUGAGCAAUUGAAGGCAUUUGCAGAUGCUGUGCCCAGUUGGGAAAAUAUAGUUAUUGCAUAUGAGCCUGUAUGGGCUAUUGGGACUGGAAAAGUGGCCACACCUUUGCAAGCUCAGGAAGUGCAUGUAGCUGUCCGUGAUUGGCUUAAAAAGAAUGUCUCAGAAGAAGUUGCGUCCAAAACACGAAUUAUUUAUGGAGGAUCUGUAAAUGGAGGCAAUUGUGCUGAACUUGCAAAGCAAGAGGAUAUCGAUGGUUUUCUUGUUGGUGGUGCAUCCUUAAAGGGCCCUGAAUUUGCAACCAUUAUCAAUUCUGCAACAUCCAAGAAAGUUGCUGCUUGAUUAUGUAUACUGGCCUUGCAACUAAAACAAAUAAAGGGAAGAUAGAGAAUACUUCAGUUUGAAGUGUACCAUAAUCAACAUAUGAGCUAGUCUUCUAGAUAGAGUUUUGAUUAUUAAUCAUUUCUUUUAAAACUUUCCGGAAGAAAUAAUCCUUUCACCUUCUGUGUGUAUUACAAAAAUGGAACUACUAUGACUACGAAUCUAGUUAAUGCCAUAUCUCAGUGAAGUCCUGUCUUUUUUGUGACAA